CACGCGCGUUACGCCCUGUGGCUUGCGCGAGGCGGCGGCUGGGCACCGCCAUUUUGGCCGGCGGCCGUAGGAACAAACUGUGUGGUUGAGACUUGAAGUUAUGGCAGACAAAUUGACAAGAAUUGCCAUUGUCAACCAUGACAAAUGUAAACCUAAGAAAUGUCGACAGGAGUGCAAAAAAAGUUGCCCUGUGGUUCGAAUGGGAAAAUUAUGCAUAGAAGUUACACCCCAGAGCAAAAUAGCAUGGAUUUCUGAAACUCUCUGUAUUGGUUGUGGUAUUUGUAUUAAGAAAUGCCCCUUUGGCGCCUUAUCAAUUGUCAAUUUACCAAGCAACUUGGAAAAAGAAACAACACAUCGAUAUUGUGCCAAUGCCUUCAAACUUCACAGGUUGCCUAUCCCUCGUCCAGGUGAAGUGUUGGGAUUAGUUGGAACUAAUGGUAUUGGAAAAUCAACAGCAUUAAAAAUUUUAGCAGGAAAACAAAAGCCAAACCUUGGAAAGUAUGAUGAUCCCCCUGACUGGCAGGAGAUUCUGACUUAUUUCCGUGGGUCUGAAUUACAAAAUUACUUUACUAAGAUUCUGGAAGAUGAUCUAAAAGCCAUUAUCAAACCUCAGUAUGUGGACCAGAUUCCCAAGGCUGCAAAGGGGACAGUGGGGUCUAUUUUGGAUCGAAAAGAUGAAACAAAGACACAAGCAAUUGUAUGUCAACAGCUUGAUUUAACCCACCUAAAGGAACGAAAUGUUGAAGAUCUUUCAGGAGGAGAGUUGCAGAGAUUUGCUUGUGCUGUCGUUUGCAUACAGAAAGCUGAUAUUUUCAUGUUUGAUGAGCCUUCUAGUUACCUAGAUGUCAAACAGCGGUUAAAGGCUGCUAUUACUAUUCGAUCUCUGAUCAAUCCAGAUAGAUAUAUCAUUGUGGUGGAGCAUGAUCUAAGUGUAUUAGACUAUCUCUCUGACUUCAUCUGCUGUCUAUACGGUGUACCGAGUGCUUAUGGUGUUGUCACUAUGCCUUUUAGUGUAAGAGAAGGCAUAAACAUUUUUUUGGAUGGCUAUGUUCCAACAGAAAACUUGAGAUUCCGAGAUGCAUCACUUGUCUUUAAAGUGGCUGAAACAGCAAAUGAAGAAGAGGUUAAAAAGAUGUGUAUGUAUAAAUAUCCAGGAAUGAAGAAAAAAAUGGGAGAGUUUGAGCUAGCCAUUGUAGCUGGAGAGUUUACUGAUUCUGAAAUCAUGGUAAUGCUGGGGGAAAAUGGUACAGGUAAAACUACAUUUAUCAGAAUGCUUGCUGGGAGACUUAAACCUGAUGAAGGAGGAGAAGUGCCAGUUCUAAAUGUCAGUUAUAAACCACAGAAAAUCAGUCCCAAAUCAACCGGAAGUGUUCGCCAGUUACUACAUGAAAAGAUACGAGAUGCUUACACUCAUCCACAAUUUGUCACUGAUGUAAUGAAGCCUUUGCAAAUUGAAAACAUCAUUGAUCAAGAGGUACAGACAUUAUCCGGUGGUGAACUUCAGCGAGUAGCUUUAGCUCUUUGUUUGGGCAAACCUGCUGAUGUCUAUUUAAUUGAUGAACCAUCUGCAUAUUUGGACUCUGAGCAAAGAUUGAUGGCAGCUCGGGUUGUCAAACGUUUCAUACUCCAUGCAAAGAAGACAGCCUUUGUUGUGGAACAUGACUUCAUCAUGGCCACCUAUCUGGCAGAUCGGGUCAUCGUUUUUGAUGGUGUUCCGUCUAAGAACACAGUUGCAAACAGUCCUCAGACCCUUUUGGCUGGCAUGAACAAAUUUUUGUCUCAGCUGGAAAUUACAUUCAGAAGAGAUCCAAACAACUAUAGACCACGAAUAAAUAAACUAAAUUCUAUUAAGGAUGUAGAACAAAAGAAGAGUGGAAACUACUUUUUCUUGGAUGAUUAGACUGAAUCUGAGAAUUACUGAUAAGCCAUUUAAUGAAAAGAAACAUUUACUGGGAUUUUUGUCAUAUAAGACUGCAGAUUUUAUGGCCCCAUAUACUCAAGUUUGAAGGAUGAUUUACUUAAAGUAACAUCAAAAGCCAGUUGUAUUGCAAAAUUGUAGUUUGAAUGCAGAAAAUUGCACUUUUCUGUUCUUAAAAAGGCCAUUUUUGUGCAUAAUGACAUUUCAUACUAAACAGAUUACCUCCAAGUUUUCGUGACAUAUGGGAAGUUUUUCAAUAGGUGUAUUAUAUUCACGUUAUCAAAUGCUGACCAAUGUUGCCCCUUUUAAAUUCUCGAAAAAGAUUCCUGAAUAUACCUGGUUUGCCAAGUAUGCCAGUAUAAUGAAACUACCCUUUUUUAAAAACUACAGUAGUCAGAGACUAUACCAAUAAGAUUUCAAAAUAAACAUCAGGAUAUUUGUUUUCAGUCCUUACACUGAAAAUCAGUGUAUGGUUUCCAGGAAAGAUUGUCUACCACAAAACACCACUGUUGGAAAAUGGGUGUUUGUUACCAGCUUACACAUUUU